GGGGCCGGCAAGCGGCACGGCGGGCCUGGCUGCUUCCCUGAGGCCGGACGCAACGGGUCUCGGCUAAGCCAGCGGGUGAGCUCACCGCCCAGCUCAAACGAGGAGACUGUGAGGGAGCGAUGCGGUGCUGCGCGUGUUCUUGGGGAAGAUCCUGACGAAGCCAUUUUCCAGUGGCACCUCUUCCACCGUGAGUUCCUGAGGCAGUCUGAUGGGGCUACUUUAUUCCAGAACAAUCACAAUUUGCUUGUAAAUGCAUCACGAAGAGGCAGCUCAGAAUGAAGAAAGCAAGCAGGAGUGUUGGCUCAGUGCCUAAAGUGUCUGCAGUAAGUAAAACGCAAACAGCAGAAAAAAUUAAACCUGAAAACAGCUCUUCAGCAUCUACGGGAGGCAAACUUGUAAAACCUGGAACAGCAGCAUCAUUGUCAAAGACCAAAAGCAGUGAUGACCUUUUAGCUGGAAUGGCCGGAGGGGUAACGGUGACUAAUGGUGUUAAAGGAAAGAAAAGCACCUGCCCAUCUGCAGCACCUUCAGCAUCUGCCCCUGCCAUGACCACCGUGGAGAACAAAUCCAAGAUUAGCACAGGCACAGCUUCUUCAACCAAGCGGAGCACUUCUACAGGUAAUAAAGAAUCCAGUUCUACUAGAGAAAGAUUACGUGAACGUACCCGAUUAAACCAGAGCAAAAAACUACCUUCUGCAGGUCAGGGAGCUAAUGACAUGGCAUUGGCCAAACGUUCCCACAGUCGAACUGCUACAGAAUGUGACGUUCGUAUGAGCAAGUCUAAGUCAGACAAUCAGAUCACUGACAGAGCUGCUUUGGAGGCCAAAGUGAAGGAUCUUCUCACACUGGCAAAAACCAAAGACGUAGAAAUUUUACAUUUGAGAAAUGAACUGCGAGACAUGCGUGCCCAGCUGGGCAUUAAUGAGGAUCAUUCUGAGGGUGAUGAAAAAUCUGAGAAGGAAACUAUUAUGGCUCACCAGCCGACUGAUGUGGAGUCCACUUUAUUGCAGUUGCAGGAACAGAAUACUGCCAUCCGUGAAGAACUCAACCAGCUGAAAAAUGAAAACAGAAUGUUAAAGGACAGGUUGAAUGCAUUGGGCUUUUCCCUAGAGCAGAGGUUAGACAAUUCUGAAAAACCGUUUGGCUAUCAGUCCCUGAGCCCAGAAAUCACCCCUGGUAACCAGAGCGAUGGAGGAGGAACUCUGACUUCUUCAGUGGAAGGCUCUGCCCCUGGCUCAGUGGAGGAUCUCUUGAGUCAGGAUGAAAAUACGCUAAUGGACCAUCAGCACAGUAACUCCAUGGACAAUUUAGACAGUGAGUGCAGUGAGGUCUACCAGCCCCUCACAUCGAGCGAUGAUGCGCUGGAUGCACCAUCCUCCUCAGAGUCGGAAGGCAUCCCCAGCAUAGAGCGCUCCCGGAAGGGGAGCAGCGGGAACGCCAGUGAAGUGUCCGUGGCUUGCCUGACUGAACGGAUACACCAGAUGGAAGAGAACCAGCACAGUACAAGUGAGGAACUCCAGGCAACCCUGCAAGAGCUAGCUGAUUUACAGCAGAUUACCCAGGAACUGAAUAGUGAAAACGAAAGGCUUGGAGAAGAGAAGGUUAUUCUGAUGGAGUCUUUAUGUCAGCAGAGUGAUAAGUUGGAACACUUUAGUCGACAUAUUGAAUACUUCCGCUCUCUUCUAGAUGAGCAUCACAUUUCUUACGUCAUAGAUGAAGAUGUAAAAAGUGGGCGCUAUAUGGAAUUAGAACAACGUUACAUGGACCUCGCUGAGAAUGCCCGUUGUGAACGGGAGCAGCUUCUUGGUGUCCAGCAGCAUUUAAGCAAUACUUUGAAAAUGGCAGAACAAGACAAUAAGGAAGCUCAAGAAAUGAUAGGGGCACUCAAAGAACGCAGUCACCAUAUGGAGCGAAUUAUUGAGUCUGAGCAGAAAGAGAAAGCAGCCUUGGCAGCCACGUUAGAGGAGUACAAAGCCACAGUGGCCAGUGACCAGAUAGAGAUGAAUCGCCUGAAGGCCCAGCUGGAGAAUGAAAAGCAGAAAGUGGCAGAGCUGUAUUCUAUCCAUAACUCUGGAGACAAAUCUGAUAUUCAGGACCUCCUGGAGAGUGUCAGGCUGGACAAAGAAAAAGCAGAGACUUUGGCUAGUAGCUUGCAGGAAGAUCUGGCUCAUACCCCAAAUGAUGCCAGUCGAUUACAGGAUGCCAUUGCUAAGGUAGAGGAUGAAUACCGAGCCUUCCAAGAAGAAGCUAAGAAACAAAUUGAAGAUUUGAAUAUGACGUUAGCAAAAUUAAGAUCAGACCUGGAUGAAAAAGAAACAGAAAGGAGUGACAUGAAAGAAACCAUCUUUGAACUUGAAGAUGAAGUAGAACAACGUUGUGCUGUGAAACUUCAUGACAACCUCAUUAUUUCUGAUCUAGAGAAUACAGUUAAAAAACUCCAGGAUCAAAAGCACGACAUGGAAAGAGAAAUAAAGACACUCCACAGAAGACUUCGGGAAGAAUCUGUGGAAUGGCGGCAGUUUCAGGCUGAUCUCCAGACUGCAGUAGUCAUUGCAAAUGACAUUAAAUCUGAAGCCCAAGAGGAGAUUGGUGAUAUGAAGCGCUGGUUACAUGAGGCUCAAGAAAAAAAUGAGAAACUCACAAAAGAAUUGGAGGAAAUAAAGUCACGCAAGCAAGAGGAGGAGCGAGGCUGGGUAUACAAUUACAUGAAUGCCGUUGAGAGAGAUUUGGCAGCCUUAAGGCAGGGAAUGGGACUGAGUAGAAGGUCCUCGACUUCCUCAGAGCCAACUCCUACAGUAAAAACCCUCAUCAAGUCCUUUGACAGUGCAUCUCAAGUACCAAACCCUGCUGCAGCUGCAAUUCCUCGAACACCCCUGAGCCCAAGUCCUAUGAAAACCCCUCCUGCAGCAGCUGUGUCCCCUAUGCAGGUGCUGCGAGUGGCUGAGAUGCUGCGGUGGAGGGGAGGCCAGGCCCCGCACUGUCUGGCUGGGGCACCCCGAGAAGAGAGACCAGAGGUAUCCUCGAAAUGUCAUCAACAAUCAGAAGUACAAUUUCUUCGCCUUUCUUCCUGGGGUGCUGUUCAACCAGUUCAAAUACUUUUUCAGCCUCUAUUUCUUACUUCUUGCCUGCUCUCAGUUUGUUCUCGAAAUGAGACUUGGUGCACUCUAUACCUACUGGGUUCCCCUGAUGGAGUCUCGCUCUGUCACCCAGGCUGGAGUGUAGUCGUGUGAUCUUGGCUCACUGGUUUCGUGCUGGCCAUCACUGUCAUCCGUGAGGCGGUGGAGGAGAUCCAAUGCUACGUGUGGGACAAGGAAGUCAACUCCCAGGUCUACAGCCGGCUCACAGCACGAGGUCAGCCUUCUGGCUCCUGGGCCACAGGGUUGCAGCUCAAUCACGGGCCGUUGACAGUCAGGGGAGAAGAGUUCAAGGCCCGGGCCGCGGGUGUGGGAAUGCCACGUGGCCGAACAGUCGCUUGGUUACUCCAGCACCAGGGAGGCCUCCAUCUGCCCUGGAUGACAGGUUGACGGGGUCCCACCAGGCCCUGGCGGCAUCCACAGGCCUCUUGGUGUUGGUCUUGUCAAAUAACUAUGUGUCAUCAACCUGGAAUUACAUUUUGUGUGCUGGCAUCUCGGCUGGCUAAUCCCUUUCCCUUUCUGCCGGCCGGCUGAAGCGGGGAGGAGGGCGCCCCUGCUGUUCACAUGGGAGGCUGCAAACCGUUUUCAAAGAUACUCUUUCAGCAGUGAUUAAACUGUUGCUAGUUUAGUUUUUAGAAAGGCAACCGAUUUAGGUAAAUAACUGCAUCCGUGAAGAUUUCUUUGAAGGCAUUUUAUAAAUUCUGGAAAUUGAGGCCUGCAGAGCAUGGAGUCUGAUCCAAAAAUAAAUGACCAGUUGUGUAUGUCAGAGUUAUAUGUUUUGGGCUCAAAAACAAAAAAUUGAAAUUUUGGCCCAGUACAGUGGCUCACGCCUGUAAUCCCAGCACUUAGGGAGGCUGAGGAGGGCGGAUCACGAGGUCUGGAGAUUGAGACCAUCCUGGCUAACACGGUGAAACCCUGUCUCUACUAAAAAUACAAAAAAAAUUAGCUGGGCGUGGUUGCAUACAUCUGUAAUCCCAGCUACUCCGGAGGCUGAGGCAGGAGACUCACUUGAAUCUGGGAGGCGGAGGCUGCAGUGAGCCAAGAUCAUGCCAUUGCACUCCAGCCUGGGUGACAAGAGGGAAACUCCAUCUCAAAAAAAAGAAGAAAAAAAAAUUGAAAUUGAAAUUUUAAUAACAUUUCCCAGGGAUAUGAAAAUCCUUUAAUCACUGACCCCCUCCCCCGCCCCCGCAAGAUAUGUGCAUUUUAAAUGCUAGAACUUAAAAAC